GCGCCGAAGAGAGAAGAAGGGAGAGACCGAGUGGCGGAGAGGAGAAGAGAGUGAAAGAGAGAGUUAGCGACACUGAGAUGAGCUGUUCUGGUCUUCCAACUGCAGUUUGAAAGAAAACAAACAUUAUUUUAGCAAUAUUUUUAAGGAGUUGUGACGACGUUUGGUUUAGUUUGUUUUGUGAAAAGCUGAAGUCUUGUUCUCGAGACGUUUUCUGGACUCAGCGAACCCCUUUGAACCCGUUAACCUUCGUUUCUCUCCGACCGUUACGACUCCGUACCUUUCCACGUCCUUUUGAAGGCACCGGUAGGCUUACAUCUAAAGGUUUGUUUUCGACAAAAAUCCACAUCGGGUUGACUCACCUACAGGGGAAUUUCCACCGGUGUGUGUUUCGCUCCGAGCUGAGCUAUUUUCAAAACGGGGGAAACUUAUUAUUCUCUCUUCUUUCCUCUGAUGCUGAACGGACAGUGGCACUUGGCUGUGGCACGCGGAGAAAGGGGAAAGAGAACUGUGUAGCGUCGAGGGGAGCUGUCCGGUGCUGAAACCACGAGACCGGCUCAGGUUAGGCGGAGAACUGGGGAGCUGUCUGCGUGCUGAAGACUAACGGUUUGGAGCCAGAAGAAAACAGUCGUCUUUCUUUUUCAAGCAACGGAAUUCAACAAAUUAACAGUAAACAAGAAAAGGGGGACUUUUUUUUACUACGCUUCUCAUCAUUAAUGUAAUCAGGACAAUAGCCUAUUUAUUUAUUUAUUUAUUUUUGACCUUUCAGAGCUCCACGGGUCUUCCAGUGGCGAGGACAACAGAUUAUUUUGCCCUCAGGUCCAAAACAAAAACAAACGGCAGUCUGUAUUUGACACACCUGAGCAAAAGAAAAUAUUAGGUAUACUAAAAAAAGGCACAUGUGGAGCGCUUGGUUUGUUUAAUCUUUAAAAGCCAUGUCCCCUCUCCACUUUCGAGGCCGUUUGAUUGGAGGGAGCAAAUUCACCUUUAGUAGCUGAAACCAGGGAGUAUAUUAGAGUUACAAUCAGGCGAUUAAGUUUGAAGUGGGUUGAAAGACAAAGGGAGGGUGUGUGUUUAUUGUAUCAGUAUAGAAGCAACGACUGUCCCAUCAUGCCUCGCUCUUUCUUGGUGAAGAAAGUGAAACUGGACGAUUUUUCGGCUGCAGCGCUGGAGAGCUCAUAUGGCCACAGCAGAAGAGAACAACUCAGUCUGCGAUUCCAUCAUCAUGACAAAGGAUACGUCAGCGAUUUUCUGAGUCCAUCUCCUUAUGAUGAUGUGGUGGGAAGUGACUCAUCUGUCAUCUCUAAAGUACCCUCCCCUGACCAUCCAUCAAUCAUCUAUGGCAGCAUCGACGACAACUAUUCUGGUAUCCAUGGUGAUAUCCACGGUGAUUCAGACCAGCCGGACAGCCCGCGUUCUGAGGUGUCAUCAUCAGCUGGUGGAUACAUCAACGGGGACGCAGCUGUAAGCGAGGGAUACACAGUGGAUGCAUUUUUCAUCAUGGACGGACGUUCACGGAGAAAAGCCACGGGAAUUCCCAAAGGAACCACCCAGAGACACACCUGCAGCGAGUGCGGCAAAACCUAUGCCACGUCCUCCAACCUGAGCAGGCACAAGCAGACGCACAGGAGCAUAGACAGCAAAAUGGCCAAGAAGUGCCCCACAUGUGGGAAAGUCUACGUUUCCAUGCCUGCGAUGGCCAUGCACCUGCUGACACACGACCUCAAGCACAAGUGCGACGUGUGCGGCAAAGCGUUCAGCCGGCCAUGGCUGCUGCAAGGCCACAUGCGCUCGCACACGGGCGAGAAGCCUUUCGGGUGUGCGCACUGUGGUAAAGCGUUUGCCGACCGGUCGAACCUGCGCGCCCACAUGCAGACACACUCAGCCUUCAAGCACUACAAGUGUAAACGGUGUGACAAGACAUUUGCACUCAAGAGUUAUCUGAACAAGCACUAUGAAUCGGCAUGCUUCAAGGGGGCAUUCUCACCUAUGAGCUCACUGGGGGAAUGACGGAUGCAAAAAGUUUUUUUUGUUUAUUUAAAUCAGAUUUUACUGGCCUCACUCCCAACUCUUCCCGCUUUCCCCAACAAGACCAGUAUACCUGAGCACUACAAGAAAGGAGUGUUUUCUCUGCUAGGAUCAUGAGGCAAAUGACAAAAAGAGAUUGAGGGCAUGUCCAUUUAUAUCAAUACCCUCCAUUCCCUCUAUGCUCGAUUUAGAUUGUCACCUGCUUCGAUAAGACAUGUCCCCUCUGAAGCUGUUUUGAGUAUCUGUGAAGAUAAAUAAAGCACAGCAUAUCUAGCUCAUCACUUUUGAAGAUACCUAGAUCUAUUUAUGCCUGUAUCUAUCCUCGCCAUCGGGUUUUUUUUUUUUAACCCAUAACAAAACGACACUGAAGCACAAUUGUCUUCCUGUGACAGGGAUAUCACAGGAGUGUAAAGCAUGAAUCACAUCUUAAGUUUUCUUGCGAAGAGGUUCAAUGAACGUUCAUAUUCAAUCCUUUUUUUAAACAAACAUUCAUAGGGAUACAUCUGGUAUCCUGCUUUUGGUGAAACUGACCUUGGACUGGACGUAUGAGGAGAGUCAAAACAUAGAAAGCACACAGCAUUUGUUCCCUGCAAGUAAACAAAAUGCUUCCUCUACACUAGUCACAUGCUUUGCCUACUGUAUACUGUGUCUAUCAUCACUACUGACACAUCCACACUGAAAUGUGGAACUGUGAAGUAACAGAUCUGUGAAGAAAUAUAAUGUACAAACCUGCCAUAACAUGGUAGAUACAGCACACAAAGUACACCUUUGUAGUGGGGAAAUAAUAUUUUUUUUCUGCCUUUUCUUUAAACCAAUGUCUUAACUUGACAGAGACGUGGAAGCUGUAUUCUUUUUUUAUAUAUAUAAUUAGUUUUGGCAUUUGGGCUUUACUUGACAGUAAACAGUGGAAAUUUAGUAGGAAUUAGGCAGACAAACUGGACUUCCCACUGAGCCAUCAGGGUAUUCCCAUAAGAAACAGUGUUUUCCUACAACCUAAAUCUGAUGUUAUUUAUUUAUACUUGUCAAUGUCAGACGAGGAUCCAGACAUUAAAAAUGUUGUGAUUUUCUUCAAAAGGUCAAACCUUUCUCAAGUGUUGUAAAAUAGUGUUUGUUGUCAGUGGGCCACACAGUAUUCAGCUUUGAUGUUUACGUCUUUUUAAGCUCUAUUUAUUGCAUAAUUUAUUUAUUUAUUCUUAUGUUUUUGUAGAUGUUUUGAUUUUGCACUUUACUUUGUUAAAUUAAUUUGUUACAUUUUGCCUUUGUUACAAAUAUGCCAAAGCAUUUGACACUUUCUGAUUACUGAAUACCUUUUUACUUUAGUCUGCCACUUUAAUUAUAAAAAAACUACUGCAUGCAAAAAAUAACAAUAGCCUAAUAAUGGAAUCUAUGCCAAUUUUAUCAAUCUUUGGGGUAUUUUGCCAAACCUCUUAGAUAACAAGCAAAUUAAGCAAAUUUCUGUCUUGGGCAAUAUUUCAUUCAUAUCCGAUAGAGCAAUAAUGCAUGACAUUUUUAAAGAGACGUGAGUCAUAACUGCUUGUAAUAUCUUGAUUUUUUUCAAGUACCACUAUUCUACGUAGUCAUGAGAAAUGAUAAUUUCAGGGAAAGCAAACCAAGUUAGUGUUAAAUAUGGAGGGUUGGGUUAAGAGCUCUGCAUUUUGAGGGAUUGUGACACUGUUGUGGUUGUUUCAGACUUUCUCCAGUGACUUUUGUGAUUGUUCAGUGUUUGAACAGAUCAAAUUAUCAAGAGUAGAGUAAGUUUUCCAAUUUUCCAACCUCUGCUGAUUUAGUAUGUUAUAUUAUCCAAAAGAAUUGCCUCCUAGUUAUAAUUAUAUCUUGGCAUCAUUAGCUUGUUGACAAAUAAGCAUUUGGAGCUGUUUCUUCCAGGGAUUCACACAGGCGGCACAACUCCUUUAGGUGGAGGGCUCUGGGUUGGGUCGGGAAGGGUCUUUUUGUACAUGGUUUAUGCACUGCCUGCCUCGUAUUAUUAUUCUAAAAUAUUGUAGAACGUAGAAGGUAUAGGCCUCUGGUGCUGAAACAUGAAUGAAAACAGAAACCCAAAACAACAACGAUGAAGAGUUUUUGGUACUUUUUAUGUUCCUGGUUUGGAUUGUUGAAAAGGUGAAACAUAACUUUACAACAGCUUUGGUGCUGAAUGUGGGGAUCUUUGACCCUCAGUAGUCCUUCAGCAGGCCCCUGGAGUGAUGAGGAAGAAAUGUCCUCCUAUGAGUUGGUCAAAAUCAGCUGACUCCUCAGUUUGAAUUAUAUCAAAAAUGUUGCUUUGUUUUGCUCUUUGGCUUAACUUAAGACAGUCAUUCACAAACUCCAUGUGAGGACUCAAACAAUACUUAUUUAACCAACUGCACAAUUUCAGGUUGUUUUUCUCUCUGGCUGUUGUAAGGGUGUUGUGCCGAUCCCUAAUGCAAUUAUAAGGAUUGUUGUGAAAGAAAAGAAGACAUUGAGUCAAUAUUUCAGCACCAGAGUGCAUCGACAAACACUUAGAUUCUACUAUGAACUACUGUAGCCUACUAUAGCCACAAGCUAGUUUACCUAUUCUUAUAUUAAAGCACUUCCUCUUACGAAUGAUAUCUUACAACUUUUUGUUCAAAGAUAGUAGCACAAUGAAAGAGUUUAGAUUCAGGUAGACAAUGCCUUGUAUGUAGAAAUAACAACCUCUUUCUCCUUUUUUUACUAUGAUGAAUCAAAAGGUAAAAACAACAGUGUUAUCCUUAAAUGACACAUGAAAAUAUGCUUUAAAAUGACACAUGGUAUAAAUCUACACCAUUAUUACAUGUUGUGUCAUUUUUCAACAUAUUUGUGUGAGAGCAUCUACACCACACCUUUUUUAAGAAUGAAUGAAAACUUGACUAUUUUGUGGCAAGAGGCCUUGUAAAUAAGCACUGGUGUGACUUUGGAGUCCAAUAAUUUCUACAGAUAUGUAUAGAGUGACAGUGAUGAUGAUGAUUAUAAUGAUGAUGGUGAUGAAUUUUUCUGGAGCUUCCUGCUUUGUUUUGAGUUCUUCCUCUGAGGUUGUUUUUGGGACCUCCUUUGGCGGUUUCAAACAAUGUAAAGCACAAAGACACUGGGCAUUUUGUU